CUGGUGUUGUUUGAACUUGGGUGAAUAAAGAACACAUACGUUAUAGUUGGAAAACUACAAGUGUGGGAUUUUCUAAAGAAAACAGCGUUUGUAAAAGGAAGAUAUUGUGUUGAAAUGGGUCAAUGCUGUAGCUCAGACAAAGCAUGGAGGUAUACCUCCAUGGGCAGAGGCAGACGCGAUCGCUUUCGACGAGAGGCGUUGACUGCGCAUAAUAACUACCGCGUAAAACACGGUUCCCCACCCCUACGUCUAGCGGGGAAGAUGAAUAGUUACGCGCAAAAGUGGGCAGAACGGUGCGCAAAGUCGGGGCAACAGAAGCAUCGAUCAUCCAACAAGUACGGCGAAAAUAUUUACUGGUUUUACAACUCAUCAGGCCUCCAUGGGUUGAGUGGUGAACAAGCAGUGGAAAGUUUCUAUAACGAAAUAGCUAAAUAUGAUUUCAACAAGGGCGAGUUCACACAAGGCACAGGUCACUUCACACAAGUCGUCUGGAAAGACAGUGUUCGGCUUGGCGUUGGCAUGGCCAUCAAUUCUAAGAAGCCCAAUGAGGUGUACGCAGUCUUCAACUAUGACCCUCCCGGAAAUGUCAUAGGUCGUUUCAAAGAAAACGUCUUUCGUCCAAGAAGCUAGAGCUAUGAAGAAUGAUAUUUGGAAAUACAUUCUGAAAAUAUCUGACCGUGAAUCGAAAUUUUCAAAAAAGGGAUGGUUUUAAUAUUUGACUUACUCUUUGUGAGAAAAGUAAUCUGGCCAAUUUUUGUAAGAUAGAUUUUUUAGAACAACUUUAGGGAUGCGAUAAAUAUGCGGUCAUCCACAAUGCGAACUAUUUUGGGGCCUUAUCUGUUUAUCUUUAUAAUAUUUUUCUAUUUUACGUCAGUGUUUGUUUGCUUUACUCGCCUAAAUUCUCUUUGUAUAUACUUCUGCGUCUUUACCAUUUAUUUUACGCAUUAUAGAUGAUUGAUUAGUAAUAAUUGUUCGAAUUAGUACCAAAACUGCAAACUUUAUCGGCAUAAAAUAAACGUAAAAAUAAUUCAGUAAAUACAAACCAACUUCCGGUUGCGAAUUACAGUAGCUACGAAUUACAGUAAACUGCGAAUUACUGUACCUAACGAAGCUACGAAUUACAGUGCAAAUUAGAUUUAUGCAAAUUAGCUUCGUGAGGAACCCGUUUUGUUUAGUAACGUUUCAUAUUGUUUAUAUGCGAGUCUCUAAAUACUGGAAUAGCUAAAUUAGACAGUAUUUUAAUGAAAAAUAAUGUUUAAACCUACUAAUAGGUCUAGUAAAAAAGCCAAAAAGCAGGAAGGUCACUUAAUUCAAAUGGUAAGAAAAGUACCGUAUGCGUAUUAUUGUAUUAUUUCGUCAAAUACCGUAACCUUUCAAGUUCAUUCCAAGAGGUGCGUUCACGUUCCUUAGCAAUCUCUUUCAUUUAACUAGCAUUUUGCAAUUAUCGUUCAUUUAUACUUCCAAUUUAUGUUCUAUACUAUCUUUAUAAGUGUUAUUAAAGCUCAAUUUUUCAAUAUUGAUAACUUUGCAAUAUGCCUUGAAAAAAACAUCGUUUUAUUUACAAGAAAUUCCAAGAGUGAGAAUUAUAUCCAAACUCAUGUCUCAGUAUGAGAGCAACCGAAUAGUGGUCAAACACAGUGGAGUGUCUAUGGGUGCCCCCCCCCCCCCC